AUGCCGGUUGAGAUGGCUGCCCGCUCCGUACGCAGCACAGAAGAAGAGGGGCCGGUUGUCUUUGAGGACGUGGCUGUGGACUUCUCUCUGGAGGAGUGGGCUUUGCUGGGUCCUGCUCAGAGGAAGCUCUACAGAGAUGUGAUGCUGGAAACCUUCAGGAACUUGGCAUCAGUAGAUGAUGAGACGCCACUGAAAGCCUCUGGGCCGGUGUCUCAACAGGACGCUCAUCAGGAACAAAUAUCCCAAGAAGAUAAUGUACAAAAAUCCACAAGAAAUGCUUCUUGGUCCUCCAUUUUAGAAAAAAUUUGGGAAGGCCGUAGUAUUGAAGAUGAGCAUAAAGACCAGGGGCGACCUCUGAGGCAUGAAAAGGUUCAUAGUAAGGAGAAACUUUAUGAAUGUAAACAGUGUGGAAGUACCUUCAGUUUUCUGGACUCCUACCAAAGGCACGAAAGGACUCAUAAUAAAGAGAAAUUCAAUGAAUGCAAGGAAUGUGGCAAGGCCUUCAAGUGGCCCUCAUCUUUAACAAGACACAUGAGAACUCACAGUCGCGAGAAGCCCUAUGAGUGCAAACAGUGUGGGAAAGCCUUCAAGUGGCCCAUAUCUUUGCAGACACAUAUGAGAACACACACUGAAGAAAAAUCCUACAAAUGUAAGCGAUGUGGGAAAGCUUUCAUUUGGCCCGUAUCGUUACGUACCCACAGGAGAUCACACUGUGGAGAGAAAUCCCAUGAGUGUAAACAGUGUGGGAAAGCCUUCAGUUGGCCCAUAUGCUUACAGAGACACAUGAGAGUGCACACUGUACAGAAACUUUAUGAAUGCAAUCAGUGUGGGAAAACGUUCCGUUGGCACUUUUCCUUGCGUAGACAUUUGAUAACACACUCUGGAGCCAAGCCCUAUGAGUGUAAGGACUGUGGGAAAGCCUUCAGUUGGCCUAUCUCCUUACGAGAGCACGUGCGAAUGCACACUGGAGAGAAACUUUAUGAGUGUAAGGAGUGUGGGAAAACCCUCAAGUGGGCCUCCUCCUUAACAAUCCACAUGAGGAUGCACACGGGCAAGAAGCCCUAUGAAUGUAAGCAGUGCGGGAAAGCUUUCAACUGGUCAAUCUCUUUACGAGCACACAUGAGAAUGCAUUCUGGUGAGAAACCCUAUGAAUGUAAGCAGUGUGGGAAAGCCUUCUACUGGUCCAUAUCCUUACGAGCCCAUAUGACCACACACACUGGGGAGAAACCUUACGUGUGUAAACAGUGCGGGAAGGGUUUCAAUCAACUGUCAUAUCUUCGACGACAUGUGAGGAUGCAUUCUGGGGAGAAGCCUUACGAAUGCAAACAGUGUGGGAAAGCUUUCAAGUGCCCCUCGUCCUUACCAAAACACAUGAGGACUCACACUGGAGAGAAGCCUUACGAGUGUCAGGAAUGUGGGAAAGCUUUUGUUUCCUCCUCAGCUUUGCGCUAUCAUGUAAGAACACACAGUAGAGCAAAAAACUAUCAGUGUAAUGUGUAA